UAUAUUUUCUGAGCCCGUUGCCAAGAUGCCUCAGGCGACUAACUUGGCGGUUGCUAAGGAGAAGGAGUUUUCUCCCGUGGGCCCGGGCACCGUGUUCAACCAUGUCCUCAAGAUAAGCAAUGCUACCAGGGAAAGGGCAAACCUUAUCAACAAAACGGAGGAAGCACGUCUUCAGAGAAUGCAACGCCUGCUUGAUAAAGAGAAGCGGUUCUCUAACAACGUUCGUAACAAGGUGAUGCAGAGAGCCUCCAAGACGUUGACAGAGAAACGGGCGUUAUUGAAACUGCUUGAAAACGAUUACAAAGUGAAAAAUUUCAUUACAAUGAAACAGGACUUUAACCCAAGCCAGAUUGAAGACGUCGAGACUGCGAGGCGGUAUGUUAUAGAAACAAGGGUAUUCAACUCGGGAUUCAAUGUAAAAUCCAUGAGGCCUGAAGUUCGACGUCAAAUACGAAUGCUAGAUCCAAACCACAAGUAUAAGACGUUCAAGAAAAAGCUGUUGGAUGACACUUGGUCUAAGAAUGUUGAAAUAGAUCGUACCAUCAAUGAUCAAACCUUUGAUAAAAUGCUUCACGACAGAAAACAUUGGCGUGACUACAACUACCCACCGAACCAUCCAAAAUGGCUGGCCACAAAAGACCCACUUGAAUCUAUCAAAUCACAAUCUACGUCCAGGCGUCAGUCAAAAGUGGACGAAAUUGAAGUUGUUACGAUGGAAAAUGCUGCUUUUGGACAACCUGGCCCCGAAAAUGAGGACGCAACGAAAGAGAAGUCGAUAGUGUUAGAGAGGAGGCUUCUUAGACGGCCUGACAACGCCUGCAAUAUGACGCUACGAACACUAGGACCCGUAUAUUUUCAAACAACGACAGCUGCAGUCCCGGAAACCCUUAGGUCCGAAACUGCGAGUAUUCUAUGAAUGUGUGCUAAGAAGUCGUUUUAAUUAAUUCAUAUACAUGAAUGUGGUAAAAAUUGACGAAAGCAUAAUUUUAUUUGUUAACUUAUUUAUUUUAAACUUUAAUUGUUUGCUGAAAUGAUAUACCUUUUCAGCUACUCUAUAGUGUGUUUGCUCGUGUAUUUGUCUAAAAUUGCAAUGUUUAUUGAACCAUUGUCGGAUAACCAUACGUGAAAUGUUCUUGAAACUGUCUUGCAAUAAACA